UGCACCCGGCGCUGGUGAAGGGAGCUUUGUGGCCAGCUGAGUGCGGGUGGCUGCUGCGUUCCCGUGUACCGUCGUCCGCGAUACAGCAGUGCGGCCAUGGCAGAACCGCAGCCCGCGUCCGGCGGUCUCACCGACGAGGCCGCCCUCGGCUGCUGCUCCGACCCGGACCCCAGCACCAAGGAUUUUCUCUUGCAGCAGACCAUGCUGCGAAUUAAGGAUCCUAAGAAGUCAUUGGAUUUUUACACUAGAAUUCUUGGAAUGACGCUACUCCAAAAAUUAGAUUUUCCCAGUAUGAAAUUUUCACUCUAUUUCUUGGCUUAUGAGGAUAAAAAUGACAUCCCAAAAGAUAAAGAUGAAAGAAUAGCAUGGGCAUUCUCCAGAAAAGCUACACUUGAACUGACACACAAUUGGGGCACUGAAGAUGAUGAGACCCAGAGUUACCACAGUGGCAAUUCAGACCCUCGGGGAUUUGGUCACAUUGGAAUUGCUGUUCCUGAUGUUCACGGUGCUUGUAAAAGAUUUGAAGAACUGGGAGUCAAAUUUGUGAAGAAACCUGAUGAUGGCAAAAUGAAAGGCCUGGCAUUUAUUCAAGAUCCUGAUGGCUAUUGGAUUGAAAUUUUGAAUCCUAACAAAAUGAUAACUAUUAUUUAGUUCUGUGAGAAUGCUGGUUUGAGAUUUCAGUGAAGACAUUUUGGAAGGUAAAAAAGAAAACAAUGUGAUUCAAGCUAUUCAGAUAACAGAAGCUCCUAGGACUGAUUGGUCAUCAUCCCAAUUGAAAUUAUUCUUAAGUCCAUUUACCUUUCCUGUUUCAGCUAUGCUUUUCACCUAACUAUUCAGUCAUUCUAAAGUAGUGCUUUGUCUUAUGUCCUUGAAUAUAGUUGUAUAACUUUA